GUCCCAUGGGAGAGAUUACAAAAGAAGGGCACAAGACCUUCCAAUAGGUAAAAGAUUUAUGAAAGAAGGCACAGUUGUUGAGACCAAACCUCAUGUGAUAUGGUUAUGUGUGUACUGGUAAUAAGAUUCCAAGGGUAAAUUUGGUUAUGAAAUUAAGAAACGAAAUAAACACUGUACUCUGAUCUAAACCAAAACAAAUUACCAAAUUAAGAAGAAGACACAGAGAAAUCAAGAACGUAAGAAAGAAAGAGAGGGAAAAUCAAGCAGCAAACCAGAAGAGAUUCAGUGUUUUAUGGCAGAAGAAGUUCUUACAGUAUUCACAACUCCCACACUUCGAGUUUCGGAAGAACUCAUAAUGGCAUCAUUUAUUGUUAAUUUGCACCGCCAUUAACAACAUUUUUCUUGAUUCCAAAAUGGGAAGAAAUUCGACUUCUCCUCCAGACCCAGAGAAUAACAGUGGAGAUCAAACAGGAGUAGUUUAUUCGAUUAGAGAUAGGUUUAGGUUGAAGAGAAAUCCUAUUAAUCAUUCUGAUAAUAUCAAUAACGUUGAAGAUGGAGGAGGAGGAGGAGAUCGGAAAAUGGAUCGGCAAUGGAGAAAUCGAUCUCAUCAUAAUAGAAUCGUUCGUAAGGGUUUUUCAUUCAAGAUUACCUAUUUUUUAUACGGUGCUGCUAUUUUAGCUUUUUUGGUGUUUGUUGUUGGUUCAAUCUCAUUACAAACUUCAAUUUCUUCUGUUUUUACUUCUGGUAGUGAUAGAAUUAGUAUUUUUACAAGAAAGAAUGGAUUGAAAUAUGGAGAUAACCUCAAAUUUCUUCCUACAACAAAAUUGUUACAAAGAUUUGAUACACAAGCUAGUCUUCUUGACCGAUUAAGAAUUGAAUCCAGAGUUGCUAUUCGUCCACCUCGAUUAGCUCUUAUCUUAGGAAAUAUGGAUAAGGAUCCAGUAACAUUGAUGCUUUAUACAGUGGUGAAGAGUUUAAAGGAACCUGGUUACUCAUUUAAGAUGUACGCGGUCGAUGAUGGUGAUGCUGGGCCAUUAUGGGAGUCAAUUGGAGGGCGUGUUUCCAUACUGGGUGCCAAUAGCUCCCUCUAUAUUGAUUGGUCAAUUUAUGAAGGUGUUAUUGUGAACUCUCUUGAAGCAAAAGAAGCUAUCUCAAGCAUCAUGCAGGAGCCUUUUUGUUCUAUACCACUAAUAUGGAUUGUGGAAGAAGAUAUACUUGCACGACGUUUUGCAAAGUAUGUGGAGAUGGGAUGGGAACAUCUAAUUCUUGAGUGGAGAAAUGCUUUAAGCAGGGCGGAUGUAGUCGUUUUUCCAGAUUAUUCUUUGCCGUUGUUAUAUAGUGUUCUUGAUACGGGAAACUUCUUCGUAAUUCCUGGAUCCCCAGUAGAUGUGUGGGGCGCAGAAACCUUUGCCAAGUCACAUUCGAAAUUUCAAGCUAGGAAGGCCAAUGGACUCGAUAGAGAUGAUAUGGUGAUUUUAGUUGUCGGAAGUUCUUUCUUCUAUGACAAGCUUUCAUGGGACUAUGCUGUUGCUAUGCAUACUAUUGGACCGCUGCUAAUGAAAUUUACAAGGAAGGAGGCUGAAGUAUCUUUAAAAUUUGUCUUUUUAUGUGGAAACUCCACUGAUGGAUAUAAUGAUGCUUUGCAGGAUGUUGCUUCACGCCUAAACCUUCCUCGUGGAUCAUUGAUGCACUAUGGUUUGGAUGGGGAUGUGAACAGUGUACUGUUAAUGGCUGAUAUUGUUCUACAUGGAUCUUUCCAAGAUGAGCAAGGUUUUCCUCCCCUACUGAUCAGAGCCAUGUCUUUUGAAAUCCCUGUUAUUGCACCUGAUUUGCCAAUCAUAAAGAGAUAUAUUGUUGAUAGAGCGAAUGGUGUCAUUUUCAGAAAAAAGGAUCCUGGCAGUUUGAUGAGAGCCUUCUCACUCUUAAUAUCAAAUAGAAAGCUUUCUAGAUUUGCUAAUAUGGUUGCUUCCUCUGGAAAAUUGCUUACGAAAAACAUGCUGGCAUCAGAAUGUAUAAUUGGUUAUGCAAAGCUCCUUGAAAAUUUGCUCCAUUUCUCCUCGGAUGUGUUGCUCCCAGGUCCUAUUUCGGAGCUUCAUCAGCAAACCUGGGAAUGGGAUUUAUUUGGGGAAGAAAUAGAACAGAGAGGCAGGGAAGUUCCCAACUUUGAUCAGAAUGGCAGUUAUAUUAGAGGAUCAAGCGUUGUGUAUGCCCUAGAAGAUGAAUUUUCCAGCCUCAACAAUGUGAAAAAUAAUUCAGAGGAUGAAAUAGAUUUUCACGAGUUCCCUACCAAAUUAGAUUGGGAAGUGUUGUGGGAAAUUCAAAGUAAUGAAGAGUUUGAAAGGCGAGAAACAGAGGAGCUUGAAGAAAGGAUGGAGAGAACAACUGGUUCAUGGGAUGAGAUAUAUCGUAAUGCUCGCAAAGCUGAUAAGCUUAAAUUUGAACCAAAUGAAAGAGACGAAGGAGAGCUAGAAAGGGUAGGCCAGUCGUUAUGUAUUUAUGAGAUUUACAAUGGAGCUGGUUCCUGGCCAUCUUUACACCAUGGUUCUUUGUACCGCGGGUUGAGUCUAUCUACUAGAGCACGGAGAUCAAGAUCUGAUGAUGUUGAUGCAGUUAGUCGCCUUCCUCUCCUGAAUGAUACCUACUAUAGGGAUCUUCUUGGUGAGCUUGGAGGCAUGUUUGCUAUUGCAAAUAAGGUGGAUAAUGUUCACACUAUACCUUGGAUUGGGUUCCAGUCAUGGCGUGCUUCAGGAAGGAAGGCUUCUCUGUCAAAUAAAGCUGAAACUGUACUAGAAGAAAUUACUCUGGCCGAGCCUCAAGGAGAUGUUAUCUAUUACUGGGCGCGUUUGGAGCUAGACAAUGGAGUGGGAGGGAACAAUGACAUACUUACUUUCUGGUCUAUGUGUGACAUUCUAAACGGGGGUCAAUGCAGGACGGUAUUUGCCAAAGUCUUCCGCCAGAUGUAUGGCUUACCACCAGAAGUAGAAGCUCUGCCUCCCAUGCCCGAGGAUGGUGGUCACUGGUCUGCAUUGCAUAAUUGGUUGAUGCCAACACGUUCCUUUGUAGAAUUUGUCAUGUUUUCAAGGAUGUUUGCUGAUUCACUUGAUGGCUUGAACAAUGAUAUGAGUAACAACAAUACAUGUUUGUUAGGGACUUCAGAACUAGAGAAGAAGCACUGUUAUUGUAGAAUGUUGGAACUUUUGGUCAAUGUUUGGGCAUACCACAGUGCUAGAAGGAUGGUUUACAUUGAUCCGAGAUCAGGAUCACUUGAAGAGCAGCACCCAAUUUAUCAGCGCAAGGAAUUAAUGUGGGCCAAGUUCUUUAAUUUUACACUGCUGAAGAGUAUGGAUGAGGAUCUAGCAGAAGCAGCAGAUGACGAAGAGCAUCCGAGGGAUGGAUGGCUGUGGCCUUUAACAGGGGAAGUGCAUUGGCAAGGAAUUUAUGAACGAGAGAGAGAAGAGAGAUACCGGCAGAAGAUGCUUAAGAAGAUAAAGACCAAAGAGAAACUUUUGGAAAGGCAGAAGAAUGGUUACAAGCAAAAGACACUUGGGUGAUAGUGAACUUCAACUGUCUGUCCAGAAUCUAACCUAACAUCAACUUUCGUCACCAUCUACCGAUUGUAUUCUACAGCCAAUUGAGAGCUCCAAGGAGAGAAAUAGAAACUUAUGAAGGAGCUCAUGCAGAUUCGGAGGUGUGUGAUUCUUUCUAACAACCUGGAUAAAUGAUGCAUGAUUAUAGAAACCUUGUUUGUAUCCGUUUUGUUUUUACUUGAGAUACAUCCCAACAAGGUGGAGAGACAGCAAAAGAAACUGGCCGGCAACCAGCAUAGAGUAAUUUACUUGUUCAGUUCAGCAGAUGCUGCAGGCCAUGAGGUGUGAGUCAAGAAACCUCAGAAAUUUUUUGUUUCAGGUACAGCAACAUUCUUUUUUGUUUUCCGCUAUUCAAACAUUAUUUAGUCACUGCGAAAGCUGUAUUUUUUUUCCCUCUUACAUUGUAUAUUCAAUCAACAAUUUUAGAGGCAAUGCAAAUGAAAGUGUUGAGGCCAUUUGAUA